AUGAGUUAUUUACUCAAUCCGAUAGUGACCAUUAUUUCUUGUCUUAUCCCGUAUAAAAGUGAACCAUUCAGAUGCCCAUCUCCUCAUAUAUGUCGUCUUCAACAAUUUGUCUUCACCAACCCACCAUUCCCCCUUCCUGACACUUCAUCUUCACUGGUUCCUGCAUCUUCAUCGCGCAUCAUCAGAGUGGAAAAGAAUCUAGGGUUUGGGAUGACAACAAAAUCAGAGAGGUUUUCUUCUGAUUUUGUGAUGGGAGGUGCAGCAGCCAUCAUAUCAAAAAGUGCAGCAGCUCCAAUUGAAAGAGUGAAGCUUUUACUACAAAAUCAAGGAGAGUUAUUGAAGAGAGGUCAACUCAAAAAACCAUAUACAGGGGUUGGUCAAUGCUUCAAAAGGGUGUUUAAAGAAGAAGGCUUUUUCUCAUUUUGGAGGGGUAAUCAAGUCAAUGUGAUUCGAUAUUUCCCAACUCAGGCUUUCAAUUUUGCAUUCAAAGGUUACUUCAAAAGUGUAUUUGGAAGGUCAAAAGAGAGAGAUGGAUAUAUGAAGUGGUUUAUUGGGAAUGUUGCUUCAGGAAGUGCUGCAGGAGCCACCACUUCAUUAUUUUUAUAUCAUUUGGAUUAUGCAAGAACUCGAUUAGCAACCGAUUCAUCAGGCAUUUCAAGAAAUCAUAAACACCAAUUUAAUGGACUUUUUGAUGUUUAUAGCAAAACCCUUGCAACUGAUGGAAUUAGAGGCUUAUAUCGUGGAUUUGGGAUUUCAAUUGUGGGGAUUACUCUUUAUAGAGGGAUGUAUUUUGGUUUAUAUGACAGCUUGAAACCUGUUGUCUUAAUUGGAUCAUUUCAGGACAAUUUUAUCGCAAGUUUUUUCUUGGGUUGGAGUGUGACAACGUUUUCUGGUGUUUGUGCUUAUCCAUUUGACACAGUGAGGCGAAGAAUGAUGUUGACUUCUGGUCAACCCUCAAAAUAUCAUCAUGCUAUUCAUGCAAUAAAUGAGAUCAUUCGAUUGGAGGGUUUCUUGGCAUUAUAUCGAGGGGUUACUGCAAACAUGCUUGUUGGUGUAGCUGGGGCUGGAGUUCUUGCAGGAUAUGAUAAAUUGUAUCGAAUUACAUACAAAAGUAGUCAUAAUUUGGAGCAUCAAAAAGUCUUGUAG